AUGGCUGUUUCAUCUUGUCAAUCUAUUAUGUCAAGUUCUGUGACUAACUUUUCUACCAGAUCUAGGGUUAACCACUUUACCAACAUCCCUUCUGCCUACAAUGUUUCAAGCCUCAGAAGGAAUGUCAGCCUCAAAGUUCGUUCUAUGACUGAGGGAGAGCAGAAAGAGCAAUCAAAGGUGUCUGUAGACCCAAUUGUACCACCGUCGACACCAACACCAUCAUCACAGCCAGCCUUCACUCGUCCAGCAAAGAUGAGCACAAAGUUUUCAGAUUUGAUGGCUUUUAGUGGGCCAGUACCUGAGAGGAUCAAUGGAAGGUUGGCUAUGAUUGGUUUUGUAGCAGCAAUGGGGGUGGAGAUAGCAAAAGGGCAGGGUUUGUUUGAACAAUUGUCUGGUGGUGGAGUUCCAUGGUUCUUGGGGACAAGUGUAUUGUUGUCACUAGCUUCAUUGAUUCCAUUUUUGCAAGGUGUAAGUGUUGAGUCUAAAUCUAAAAGUAUCAUGUCCUCAGAUGCAGAGUUGUGGAAUGGAAGAAUCGCUAUGUUGGGUUUAGUUGCUUUGGCAUUCACAGAGUAUGUUAAGGGUACAUCUCUUGUGUAA